AUGUCAGAUCUUCCAGCUGACAGACUGGAACCAGCACCUCCAUUCACCUACAGUGCAGUAGAUUUCUUUGGACCAAUCUAUGUGAAGGAGGGAAGAAAGCAAAUGAAGAGAUAUGGUGCUAUGUUUACAUGUUUAGCAUCACGUGCUAUUCAUAUAGAAGUUGCAUAUUCACUCAGCACAGAUUCCUUUAUUAACUGCUACAGACGCUUUGUAUGCAGGCGUGGACCAGUACGUCUACUCGGAGCAGACCGUGGAACCAAUUUCAUUGGAGUUAAGGGAGAGCAAGAAACUGUCUUUAUGGAUAUGGAUCAGGACAAGAUCAGGAGAGAACUUCUGAAAGACCACUAUGACUGGAUUCAGUUUGAAAUGAAUGUUCCUCAUGCUUCACAUAUGGGAGGCGUGUGGGAAAGGAUGAUCAGAUCAGCCAGAAAUGCUUUAUCAGGACUUCUCACAGCUCACAGUGACCGUUUAGAUGAUGAUUCCUUGUCCACAUUGUUAACUGAGGCAGAAGUCAUAGUUAACAGUAGACCUUUGACUAACAUUGAUACACAGUCACCAGAUUCUCCAAUGCCUUUGUCUCCAAAUCAGCUCCUGACCCUGAAAACUAAGGUCGUGAUGCCACCCACUGGGAAUUUCAUAAGGAAAGACACAUACCUUCAUCGAAGAUGGCGACAUGUUCAAUAUCUAGCCAAUGAAUUUUGGAGCAGGUGGAGAAAGGAAUUUCUUCCUACAUUACAAGAGAGAAAAAAGUGGAUCAGACAACAUAGAGAUGUACAAGUUGGAGAUAUUGUUCUCAUGAUAGAUGACAGUGCACCAAGAAAUCAGUGGCCACUUGGUCGCAUAGCAGAAAGCUUUCAAAGUGCAGAUGGAUAUGUGCGUAAGGUCAAGUUGAAAGUUAGGGACUCUACAUAUGAGAGACCAGUGCACAAGUUAAUUCUUUUAUUGACCGGAGAAGACCCCGUCGAGGAGCCAAAAUAA